CUAUCAAUGUGGGAUUUUGGUCAAUGCGAUAGUAAGAAAUGCACAGGUAGAAAAUUAGAACGUUUAGGUUAUAUAAAAUCAAUUAAUUUAACACACAAGUUUAAAGGAAUCGUUUUAACUCCUUCAGCAAAACAAUCUAUUUCACCUGCAGAUAAAGAUAUUGUUCAACAAUUAGGUGUUUCAGUUGUUGAUUGUUCAUGGGCUAAAUUAGAUACAAUCCCAUUUGGUAAAAUGAGAGGUGGACAUGAUAGAUUAUUACCUUUUUUAAUUGCAGCAAAUCCAGUAAACUAUGGUAAACCAUUCAAAUUAACUUGUGUAGAAGCUGUUGCUGCAUGUUUAUUCAUUACAGGUUUCAUUCAAGAGGGUCAUCAAAUUUUAGGUGGUUUUAAAUGGGGUUCAUCAUUUUAUAAAGUUAAUAGAGAUCUUUUGGAACAAUAUCAAAAAUGUACCAGUAGUCAAGAGGUUGUAAAUGUUCAAAAUGAAUUCAUAAAGAAAUGUGAAGAGGAACAA